CAUUUCCAAUUUUCAAUCCCGAUUUCUCAAUUUCCAAAUUUCCAACUUCGGAGCCGAAUCUCCUCUCCACCACACAGAACGCAGCUCGGAAUCCAUGGCGGCUCCACAGAAUCUCGCUCGCUGAGACCGCCGCGCGAGCGCGAUGGAGAACCGGCGGCUCGCCGUCCUCUGCUCCCACCUCCGCCCCGUCGGCCGGGGCUCGAGCUCCGGCUCGGCCUCGGCCUCGGCGAGGCUGUCCACUUCCGGCUGCUCCUUCGGCUCGAGCGACGACGAUCGCGGCGGGAAGAAGAAGCAGCGGCCUAGCGAUCCCGGCGACCGCCGGAGCUCGGCCGAGGACUGCGUCUUCUGCCGGAUCAUUCGCGGCGAGUCCCCCGCCUUCAAGCUCUACGAAGAUGAAAAGUGCCUGUGCAUAUUGGAUUCAAACCCUCUGAGUCAUGGGCACUCUCUGAUCAUUCCAAAAUCUCAUUACUCUUCCUUGGAAGCCACACCUCCGGAUGUGGUUGCUGCAAUGUGCUCAAAAGUUCCAUUCAUUGGCAGUGCAAUUAUGAGAGCUGCUGGUUGUGAUUCUUUCAACUUGUUGGUUAAUAAUGGUGCUGCUGCUGGACAAGUCAUAUUCCACACCCACAUUCAUAUAAUCCCUCGAAAAGCCCGCGAUUGUUUGUGGACUUCGGAGAGCUUGCGAAGGCGUCCCCUUAACUUCAACCAGGAUGCCUCUCGACUCGUCAACCAUGUGAAAGAGGAGUUGUCAAACAUGUCAAACGUGUCAAAGGUGUCCAACGAUAGCAAGGGUCAAGAACCUACUCUCUCAUGACAUUAUUGGGGUCAGUUUUCUUCUUUUUCGUUAUGUGCGGGAAAGAGUGUAUGAUUAGGAGGUUUGACGAUAUAGGCCAUUCUUUUGUGUACUUCAGGUGACUCAAAGGUGCAUUCGCUUUGUAAAUUAUUCCCUUACAUAAGUCUGUUCCAAGUCCCUCGUUUGUAGCAUAGACGCACUCAAAAGGGUAUAUUACACGUGAAUCUGGUGUGAAGGGUCGUAAACUGGACCGGUGGUUUGCUUCAUAUGCGACGUGGCAGUGAUUUUGACUGUUCA